AUGAACAUGAUGAUCACGACCAUGGACACGGUGAUAACGACCAUGGACACGAAGAUCACGACCAUGGACACGAAGAUCACGACCAUGGACACGAAGAUCACGACCAUGGACACGAAGAUCACGACCAUGGACACGAUGAUCACGACCAUGAAGGCCAUGAUCAUCAUGGACAUGCUCCAGGCGCCCAUUGCCUCUCUGCAAGGGACAUCCUGGUAGAAUACAACAUCCCACCAGGCAUGUCUGUCAUGACAAUGCCAGACUUUGUGAACAUCUGCCCACUGCUCAUCACACAGAUAGAUGAACAGGCUUGUAUUGUACAUGAAGGGGAUGUUCAUGAUCAUGGUGAUCAUGAUGAGCACAAGGGGAAACAAGGCCUACCAGCAGCAGUGUGGGGGUACGGAAUUCUGGCUGUGACAGUCAUCAGCAUCUUGGCUGUUCUGGGAAUCGUGCUGCUCCCCUUCAUGGAGCAGAAAGUGUACCAGUUCCUGCUGUGUUUCCUGGUCGCCCUGGCAGUGGGAACACUGACGGGAGAUGCAGUUCUUCAUCUUCUGCCUCAUUCACUUGGACUCCAUGCUCAUGCUGAGGAGGACGGUCAUGAGGGACACGAAGGUCAUGAUGAUCAUGGUAAAGGUCAUGACGAGGGCAGCCAUCUUGACCCAGUGCUGAAGGGUCUGACUGUGCUGUUUGGCAUCUACUUCCUGUUCAUCAUGGAGAAACUCAUGGGAGUCAUGACCAAGAGGAGGGCCAAAAGGAAAGCAAAGAAACUCCGUAAACAGAGGGAACUUGCCCAUCCUGGGGAGUCCUACGAGUUGAAGGCAGCAACAGACUCUCCCACAGAGGACGACCACUGUCACCACCAUCAUCAUCAUCAUCACCAUGACAACGAAAAGCUGAAGGAUGCUGGGAUAGCCACCAUGGCAUGGAUGGUGAUCAUGGGGGAUGGACUGCACAACUUCAGUGAUGGCAUGGCUAUUGGCGCUGCUUUUGCCAGCGGGAUCCCAGGAGGCGUCAGCACAUCUAUUGCAGUCUUCUGCCAUGAGCUGCCACAUGAACUUGGUGACUUUGCCCUGCUGAUCAGGGCAGGCAUGUCGGUGAAGCAGGCCAUCCUGUACAACCUGAUGUCUGCCUGUAUCUGCUACAUCGGCCUGCUCAUCGGCCUGGGCAUCGGCAACCUGUCCAGUAACGUUAUCCAGUAUGUGUUCGCAGUCACCGCCGGGAUGUUCCUGUACGUUGGUCUGGUGGACAUGUUGCCAGACAUGGUACAUCCCAAUCAGCCCCAGGUCAUUGCUGAGCCUGACAGUGCUGAUCAUGACCAUGGUGAGCAUGGUCAUGGUCACGGCCACAGCCACGACAACAACACCAAGAAGAAGAAGAAGACAGAGACCCACGAGCCGGCUUCUCCCGUCUUGGUGCAGUCCUUUGGACUUCUGGUGGGCAUUGGGAUCAUGUUACUUAUUGCAGUGUUUGAGGACCAAAUAAAGAUUUAACAAUAGCCUC